AUGUCGUCACUGGACACCUUUAAUAUCAUGGUUGUCUCAAAAUACUUUGUUACGGUCGACGACUUUGUUCAUCUCUCUUUUGUGCGCAGAAAGUUCAGAGAAAACAUGGACAAAUUCCAUUACAAUCCAAUACCUCUGAAUCAGAAAACAAGAAAGUAUUUCUCACGUUUGGAAACAUUACACAUAUAUAAAAAGACAGACGAUCACUUCUUGAAUGAAAACUUCUUUUGUAGAGUCAUUUGGUAUGAAGUCGACUUUGCACACUACUGUAACACCGACAAAAAGACACUUUUCAAAAACGUCAAAUUCACUAAAAAUGACCGCGAGAUGUACGGAAGCAAAGUUCCAGAAGUGAUCAACAAAAUCGACAAAGAGUGUUUCUGGCUCUGUCCAUACAUCGAGAACGUCAACCUUCCAGCCUCUUUGACUUCAAUUGGAAAGGGGUGUUUUUAUGGGUGUCGUCUUUUAAGUUCAAUAAAAUUACCUCACAAUUUUUCUAAAUUGGGAAAGCAAAGUUUCACUCGUUGUGUUUCACUUGAAAAAGUCGAGUUGUCUGAGUGUUUAUAUGAACUUGGAAUUUCUUCCUUUUCACAUUGUAUUAAUUUGUUAGAAAUCAAUAUUCCAGAAAGAGUGUUGAGUUUGCCUUCGCAAUGUUUCUUCUGGUGCACUUCUCUCCAAAACGUCAAAUUAAAUACUUCUCUUGUAUCAAUAGGCUCCUUCUGUUUUGCGAAAUGUACUUCAAUAUCCAAAAUUGAGAUACCAAAUUCAGUUACAAAAAUUGGUAAUGGCUGUUUUCAAAAGUGUUGCGAACUAAAGGAAAUUGAACUUCCAGAGAAAUUAAAAGACAUCUCUAGCGAAACAUUCUUUGGUUGUACGUCUCUUUCAAAAGUUGUAUUUCCAAGUGGAUUGACUUCAAUAAACGAUCAUGCUUUCACUAAAUGCAAUUCAUUAGAAAACAUUGAAAUCCCAAAACAAGUUAUUUAUAUUGGAUCAGAGUGCUUUGCAGAGUGUUUUAAUUUGACAGAAGUCUUAAUACCAGACAACACAAAACUGUUGGGAUGUGGAUGUUUUUAUGCUUGCACUUCUCUUUCUGCAUUCAACAUACCAUCUUCUAUAAAUUCACUCUAUUCAGAAUGUUUCUCUAAGUGUUACAUGCUAUCCGAAAUUCAAAUUCCAUUGGGAAUAACACGAAUUGGCUCAGAAUGUUUUUCUCAUUGUCUAUCAUUGUCUUCAAUAAAGGGUGGCGAACAUGUCGAAUAUGUUGGAAAUAACUGUUUUAUCAACUGUCCACUGUCUACUCGAAAACAAAUUGAACCCAUAAGUAGACAACAAUGA